GGGUGUGCCGGGCCGCCGGGCAGCCCCAUUUGGGGGAGCUCGGCCAUGCGGUGAGCCUCCGCAGUGCCCGGCCCCAAGCUCUGGGGGUCUUGGUGCCUGCCUAGGAACUGCUGUUGUCCCGACUUGCUGAGCUGACCCCUUUCCCCUCCGCUCCCCAACAUGGGGCUGGAUGUGCAGGGGUUGAGCUCUCCCUUCACUCCACAGGGACUCUUGGUCCAGAUUUCCUCCUUAGGUGCCCCGGGAGUGGAGACGUGGGGGCCUUGAAACCCCAUAGAUUACUUUUAAAUCCUAGCUCUGCCAGUUAUUGGCCUGUGGCUUUGAGCAAGUGGGUUUGUUUUUGUUUUUGUUUUUGUUUUUUUUGUGAGGAAGAUCAGCCCUGAGCUAACAUCUGCCAAUCCUCCUCUUUUUGCUGAGGAAGACUGGCCCUGGGCUAACAUCCAUGCUCAUCUUCCUCCACUUUAUAUGGGAUGCCGCCACAGCAUGGCCUGACAAGUGGUGCAUUGGUGCCGGCCCGGGAUCAGAACCAGCGAACCCCAGGCCUUCGCAGUGGAGCGCGCGCACUUAAGCGUUUGCACCACCAGGCUGGCCCCUGAGCAAGUGUUUUUAACCUCCCUGAGCCUCGGUUUCCUCUUCUGUGAAAUGGAAAUAUACAGGUGAUAGUGCCUACCUCAUAGAAUGAUAGGAUUAAAGGAAACAACGUGUAUCUGGUGUUAAGUAGGGUGCCUAGUACUCAGAAGGCGCUUAGUAAAUGUGGAUUCCGACUGGAGGCUGAUAAGAUCUUUGGGAACCUUUAGAGAUAAGGUAGGGGUACUCCUAAGAAAUCAGUUUUCAGCUGGUAGUACCUGUGAGGAAGUUAGAGUUGACAGGGGCUGUACAGCUGCGCUUCAAGUAGUGAACUCCCUGUCCUGAGGCUGGAGGAGUAGAAUGACCAAGUUGGAAUGGCCUUAGUAGUAAUUUAAACCAUAUGAUCCCCAUGUUGCACAGCUGUGGAAAUAGGCCCAGAGAGGUUAGGUGACUUGCCCAAGGUCACACAGCUAAAAGGGAGGCCAGGCAUACCUCCAAGAAGUGGAACAGACUGUUCCUUGAACCUUCUUAUCACCCACCUGCCUUCAGCAGUGCCUCUUCCUUCCCUGAGGAUCUGGUCUUCAAUUUGGGGAUCCCAGUGGUUCCUGAGGGAUCUAGAGCAGCUGGCUUCAGGGAGGGAUGUUGGGAGGGGGGAUAGUACUGCUACAACCACAGAAUCUGGGUUUGGGCUGAGUGGUGAAGGUGUUCCCCUUCUAGGGCCUGGAGGGAUUUAUAAUCCUCUUGGGGGUGGUCCAAGGAAUGCGUUUGAUUUGUAAGGGUCACCAGAGCCGCUUCCAACUCCCCUGGGAGACUCCUGGCUUGCAAAGAGAGAAAGGAGCUUGAGCAAUUAGGGCAGGCUACCUGAUGGGGCCUGGCAGAGAGGCGGGUAGGGGAGAUGGAUGAGAAUGCAGAGGCACAUCCACCUGACUGCUCCGGAAUGCCAGGAGGCGGGCAGCACUGAGGUCAGGGUUCUUCCUGAGGGUGGGACUAGAGGGCAAAGUCCUGAGGGCGGGGCCAGGAAGAGUUGGGACGUGAUCUGGCAAGGCCCUUGGAGUCCAGAGGGCAGGUUCUUUAUGUAUCUGGAGCCAGCCCUAGUUUGGCAACAGGAAGUCUGAGUUCUGAGGAUGGCUUUCCCUCAGGCUCAGCACAGGGCUUUGAGGAAGGGCCUUCGUCUCUGUGUGUCUUGGUUUCUCUGUCUUUACAAUGAGUAUAGGGCUGACUGCCUCAUGUAUAUAGGAUCUGGUUUUUACCUUUCUUCCUCCAAUGGACAGGCACCCCUUCUCCCUCCCCACCUAACCUGACCUUUCUGCCCAGAGCUCUGGCCCAGAGAAGAAGGGGUCAAGGAAGGCCAGAGAUGCAGUUUGUAACCGUGUGAGCCCCACAUCGCCCCACUGCUGGCUCUUCCUUCUAUUUGCUGUGUGACCCUGAGCAGGUUCCUGUCUCCCUCUCAUUCUAUACACUGAGGGGGGCUGGGUUAAGAAAGCUGGUGUAUACUUGGCUGUUAUAGUUCCUGACCUUAGAUACUCUUGUCUGAGCGGGGAGUCACAGUCCUCAGGAGCCCUUACCUAGUCUCCAGUGGGGGGUGGACAGGCCCUGGUACUGGGAAGCCUCCAGAAGCUGACCAGGCAGCUCUCCCCAACAAACAGCAAGCCCAGGCUAGUACCAGGCCUGAUUCUGCAAAGCCUUUCACCCUCGGAGCACGUGAGGCAGCUGGCAGGGACAAGCAGGGAGUCGAGAUUCUGUUGGCUUCCAUGGUGCCCUUGCUGCUGUGGACUGCAGUGCAGGCAUGCGGAGCACACAGAGCCUGGGAAGGGACUGAAGGUGCAGAAGGGCCCUGGGCUGGUGGGUGGAGCAGUGAGAGCUGAUGGGAGGCCCUGAAGCCUGGAAGCUCAAAGGCCUGGGGGAAGAGAUGGGCCAUUCUGUCCACUGGGAGGUUUUAGGAUUGGUUCCCGAAACAAGAGAGACUGGUUAAACCAGCUCCUGUAGUGCUAGGCCUGUCAAGCCAGGCAUAGGGGUGAGGAGAAGCUCUCCCAAUCUAUUCAAGCUUCAUUUUAGCACAGAUCUGAUUCACAGUCUAUCCUCUGAAAUUGGAGGUGAAUGGGAUUCUGAGUCAGUCUUCCUCACCCAGGGCAGGAGCUGUUCACGCUGAGGGGCUAGGUGGCUUCCUUCUCAGACUCCCCGCCCCAGAGCACAGCUGAGCUGAGGACUGAGCACAAGGGCUGGCUUCACCACUGAGUCCCAGCCUUGCUGCCUUGGGCCCUGACAGCAUAUCACUCCAUCCUCAGGUCCGACAAGAUGUACCAGGUCCCAAUGCCGCUGGACCGGGAGGGGACCCUGAUCCGGCUCCGCUUCACUCUGGUGGCCCUGGUCACAGUUUGCUGUCCACUUGUUGCCUUCCUCUUCUGCAUCCUCUGGUCCCUGCUCUUCCACUUCAAGGAGACUACGGCCACACACUGUGGGUCUACUCUUUGUAGGAUGUUCUCUGCGGCCUCCCAGCCCUUGGACCCUGAUGGGACCGUGUUCCGGCUCCGCUUCACGGCCAUGGUCUUAUGGACCAUCACUUUCCCUGUGUUCGGCUUCUUCUUCUGCAUCAUCUGGUCCCUGGUGUUCCACUUUGAGUACACGGUGGCCACUGACUGUGGGGUACCCAAUUACCUGCCGUCGGUGAGCUCGGCCAUCGGCGGGGAGGUGCCCCAGCGCUACGUGUGGCGCUUCUGCAUCGGCCUGCACUCGGCGCCCCGCUUCUUGGUGGCCUUCGCCUACUGGAACCACUACCUCAGCUGCACCUCCCCGUGUCCCAGCUACCGCCCGCUUUGCCGCCUCAACUUUGGCCUCAACGUCGUGGAGAACCUUGCGCUGCUAGUGCUCACCUACGUCUCCUCUUCUGAGGACUUCACUAUCCAUGAAAAUGCUUUUAUUGUGUUCAUCGCCUCCUCCCUCGGUCACAUGCUCCUCACCUGCAUUCUCUGGCGACUGACCAAGAAGCACACAGUAAGUCAGGAGGAUCGAAAGUCCUACAACUGGAAACAGCGGCUCUUCAUCAUCAACUUCGUCUCCUUCUUCACGGCGCUAGCUGUCUACUUUCGGCACAACAUGUAUUGUGAGGCUGGAGUGUACACCAUCUUUGCUGUCCUGGAGUAUACUGUUGUCCUAACCAACAUGGCAUUCCACAUGACAGCCUGGUGGGACUUCGGCAACAAGGAGCUGCUCAUUACCUCCCAGCCCGAGGAAAAGCGAUUCUAAACCCUUUUCUCCCGCUGGGGAGGAGGAGGAGGCCCAAUGCCCAGAAACUAGAAACAAGAUACCACUCUGGCCUUCCCCGCCCUCUGUCCUCUCUGGGCCCUACUGAAGCUGGGGGAGGGAGGAAGGAGGGAGGAAGUGCACAGGACAAGGCUUUACCCAGCCCUGCUGGCCUCUCCUUUCUCCCACCCCACUUGAAGGCACAGGAGCAUUCCAGCAGCGUCACCCUUACCUGAGAGGCCCCAGGAAGCUGAGCUGGCAGGAGAGCUCCACCGUCUGGUGCUAAAAAAAGUCUUGAGGUUCAUAACCACCAUCUGGUUCUUGGCCUUUACAUAGCCACCUCACACUGAGGUCAGGGACCACUGAGCAGUGGCUACCCAAAAACCGCAGCCGUUUCUCUCUACGGGGUCAUUCACUUGACUAAUGUGUCUAACGAUCUGCUGUGCACAUCCAGGUCUGUGGCCUCAGCCCCCUGCUGAGGUUGCCAAGGUGUUCAAGUCCUGACUUCACCUCUGAUUUGGUGUGCGCCCUUCCCUACCUAAGCCUCAGUGUGUCCAUAUGGGUGAUGGGGCUGUAUGGUUUCCAAGGGCUCUGCCCGUCUGUGGUUCUGACGUCCCCCUGUGGAGGUGGUGUUCUGCACCCGAAGGAUGACCUGCUUCAGAAAAAAUCACGGGCACAGCGUGUAUUUCCCUUCCCCUCUGAAAUCUCUGGCUGACAGACUCUUCCUCCUUGGCAAAGGUGUGGGGUAGAGGGAUCAGAGGCACAGAUUCCUUCCCCUAAGUGGGCUCUCUGGUGUCCCCCCGUCCUCCCUGCUACCCCAGGCCCUGAGCUCUUUUGGUUGUACAUUUUAUUUCAAAGGAAAAUAAAUUUUUUUUUUGCCAACA